AACAAAGACGCCUUUCCUCCUAAACUUGGCAGAGGUGCCCGGGCCAAGGACUGAUAGAAAGUAGACAAACCAAAGGACCAAAGAGACGUGGAGACCUCCGGACUUUCUAGAGAGUCCCCAGAAUUUCUGUUCCGUCCCGGAAGCUAAGUCCUUGACUUACUUCCGCCCUUUGUGACUCAUUGUGUCUUUCUAGGCGUCCGGAGGGCCUUGGUUCUCGUCCUUCCUCCUCUCGUCUCUCCCGUUUCCAGGGGUCUGCGCCCCUCCCUUGUCACCCAGCCCAGAGCUGCCUCUGGGUCCGCGGAGCAGUGCAAGGAAAAAAAAACCCUCAGAUAUCUCCAGUGUCAGUCUGCCUCACAGAUUCCAUCAGAGUGAGAUCAACUCUGAACCUGAAUGAUGACUGCAGAAUCUAGGGACGCUGCAGUCAUGACCCCCCAGGCUAUACAAGAUAAAGAGGGACUUGUGAUUGUAAAGGUGGAAGAGGAAGAUGAAGAGGAACACCUCUGGGGCCAGGAUUCUAGCGUUCAAAGAAGUAAUAGCCCUUCUGAUCCGGAGAUUUUCCGCCAACGCUUCAGGCAGUUCUGCUACCAGGAUACUUCUGGGCCUCGAGAGGCCCUUGGUCGCCUCAGAGAACUUUGCCAUCAAUGGCUAAGGCCUGAGAUGAAUACAAAAGAGCAGAUCCUGGAACUACUGGUGUUGGAGCAGUUCUUGGCUGUCUUGCCCAGAGAGAUCCAGAGCUGGUUGCAGGAGUACCGUCCUGAUUGUGGAGAGGAAGCAGUGACACUGUUGGAGGAUCUUGAGCUUGAUUUAUCAGGACAGCAGGUGGGAAAGGAGAAACGAAACAUACAUUGGGUACCAGUCCGUGUACAUGGACAUGAAAUGCUGUCCCGGGAGAUGGUACCACUGGGAGCAGCACAUGGGUCUUCAAGCUUUGAAUUCCAGCAUCGGACACCCCAGAUCAAGCAUGUAACAAGAAAGCCAAGUCUUUUGCAACAGAGUGCUUAUCCUGCUUCCCAUGUUCCUGUUUCCCAUGAGAGAAGUCCUAGAGACCAGGCAUUAUUCACAGCAGAUUCUCAGGCAUUGGUAAAAAUUGAGGACAUGGCUGUGUCUCUCAUCCUGGAGGAAUGGGGAUGUCAGAACCUGGCUCGGAGGAACCUCUGUAGAGACAACAGACCGGAGAAUUAUGGGAACGUGUUUUCCCAAGGUUGUGGAAGCAGGACAACCAAUGAGGAGUCGACUUCAAAGGAAGAGAUUUCAGAAGCAACAGGAUCUCAUGGGGAAAUAUCUGGAAGAUUCCAAAAAGAAUUUGGAGCAACAUGUGAACAGGAAAAGGAAAGCAGGUUAGAAAGGCAACAGAGAAACUUAGAGGAGAAAUUAAGACUAGAAAAGACAGAGUUUAGACAGGUGACAGUCAAGGAUAAGAAAGCACCCACAGCAGAACGAGGCCAUCGAGAGAAAGGCAAGGGACUGGGGAGAAGUUUCAGUCUGAGUUCUAACCUUAUCACACAGGAAGAAGUUCCUACAGGAACAAAGUCCCAUAAAUGUGAUGAAUGUGGCAAAUGCUUUACAAGGAGUUCCAGUCUUAUUCGACAUCGGAUAAUUCACACUGGAGAGAAGCCCUAUGAAUGUAAUGAGUGUGGGAAAGCCUUCAGUCUUAACUCAAACCUCAUUCUUCAUCAGAGAAUCCACACUGGAGAGAAACCCCAUGAAUGUAAUGAGUGUGGGAAAGCUUUUAGUCAUAGCUCAAAUCUUAUACUACAUCAGAGAAUCCACUCUGGAGAAAAACCUUAUGAAUGUAAUGAAUGUGGCAAAGCUUUUAGUCAGAGCUCAGACCUUACCAAACAUCAGAGAAUCCACACUGGAGAGAAGCCCUAUGAAUGUAAUGAAUGUGGCAAAGCUUUCAACCGGAAUUCAUACCUUAUUCUUCAUAGGAGAAUUCAUACCAGAGAAAAACCAUAUAAGUGUAAUAAGUGUGGAAAAGCCUUUACCCGGAGUUCAACUCUUACGCUGCAUCACAGAAUUCAUAAUAGAGAGAGAGCCUCUGAUUACAGCUCCACCUCACUAGAUGCAUUUGGUGCAUUCCUGAAAAGCUGUGUAUAAAGUGAAAUUUCCCAUUACUUCCAUAUAAUGUCAAAAAUGUGUGCCCAUGGGAAAAAUAAUUAGUCUCUAAUAUAUAAUCAAAUCACACUUAAAAAGUACAUCAAAAAGUAGUCCUGCCUUUGUCAGUCUAAUCUGUGGGCAUUUCUCCAACGUAACCUUCUGCAAGAAAAGUUAGUCAGAUAGAUGAUCUUACUUAAGAAUACAUGCACACAUUAAAAUAAACAUCAGACUUUUUGGGAAUGAGGACACUCAUAAGAAGCUAGUCAAACUUGUUAAUACAAGGGAUCCCUGUCUGCAGCCACCAGUGUAAUCAUUUAAAUCCACCAAGCUUGAGAUUUGUAUCCCCAGUGCCUAGCAUAGUGCCUGGCACAUAGUAAGUGCUUAAUGGAUACUUGUUGAUUAAUUGGCUUAAACUGAGAUUGAGGCAUUAUUUUGUCUGCAAAGCAAGCAAUGCUUGCCCAACAUCUUUUUGUACAUCAUGACCCAUAGAAGGAUACUUGUAGGAUCCUGGGCUGGGACAUGCUGCUAAAACUAAAACGUAGGGAAUCAAAGGUGGGAUGCCAAAGCUGAAGAGAUCUAAGGCUAUGCAGAUCAAAACCAAACCAAAGACUUCUAUCUCUUCCUGAAGAGUAUGUAUGGAUGACUCAACUCUUAGCUCUCCAUAGGAGUGUAGUUGACUCCAUCCUCAUCACAGAGAAGUUCUAUAGAAAUGACAAUACUUCUCUCCCUUUUCUGAACUCCUAUAGUGCUGUAGUGUUCCCGUAGUCUUAUAUACAAUUUAGCUUUUGAUUGUUUACUGUCUUUUAAUUGUCUCAUGAAUGUAGUAAAUCUUAUCUCCCCAACAAGAUUCUAAGGAACUGAUCUCCUACCUAAUAGCCUUAGUAAGAACUGAUGGGGGAUUAUUGUCUGAUGACUUAUUUUGUUCCUUGCUAAAUAAUUACUCACUGACUUCUUACCAGGGCUCCCACACUGAAGCAGGAGCCCUGCUAAAGUAGAAUAACCCAGCCUAACUUCUGCAGAAACCACCAUUUGUUGCCAUGUAAAAUUCUAAAACUCUUGUUGAAUGCUCUUCUCCUCGAGCUCUUUAAGCAUAGAAGGAAGGCCCUGCUUACAUGCCUACUUAAAAACUUUUUAAAUAUAUAAAGUAUUGGCUAAGUACCACAAGAUUUCAGAGGCAUCGUUUUUAUCACCUUUAAGAAGUUAAUUGAAACAAUGACUUUGACUCCCUUUGGUGGCUAUCAGUGGUAAGAUGCUAGCCAUAAUUCUCUCAUGUUAGCUCCUGCACAACAUGGCCAAUAGGGUGCCAGAUGUGAUCAGACAAGUAGGACCAUCACCUGUGUACUGGAUGCUGUGCUUCUAACUGAAGCCUGAGAUUGUAUCAGCUUUUCUAUUGCUGUGUCACACUGCCGAUCAUAUUAACUUUCAGUUCUUUACAACCCCAUAUCUUUUUCAGACAAAUUAUCAUCUAAGUCACAUUUUUCUCACCUUGUGCUUGUCAAGCUAAUUUUUUUCAACCCAAUUGUAAGACUUUAUAUUUACCUCUAUUAAAUUUUUUAGUAGAUUUAUGAGAGGCAGUGUGACAUGAUGGAUAGAAAGUUGGCCUUGGCCAGGAAUAUCUAGGUUCAAGUCCUGCCUCUGACACAUACUGGUUGUAUGGGCAAGUCACUUAACUUCUCAGUGCUCUAGGUAGUUGCCUAUAAAUUGCAGAUAACAGUAUCAAUCCACAUUGCUAGAGGAAGUUAGUCACCAGCAGUGCCAGUCCCUGUCCUUAAUACAUUUGGCUUAUCAUAAUAGCUUUGUAGAAAUAUUUUGUUGCAUCCUGAUUAUUACUACUAAGUUAGCCAACUCCCAACUUUGUGUCAUUUAAAAAUUUGGCAAGUGUGCUACCUUUGCCCUCUAUUCAAGUCAAUAAAAAUAAAAGAAAAAUAACAUAAGGCUAAGAAUGGAUCUGUGGGGCACUUCUAGAGACUUCCUUUUCCUCAGCAGUGACCCAUUAAUAACUAUUCUUUGGGUCUGGUCAUUCAACCAGUUCUGAAUUCACCUAACUGUAUCAUUAACUAGUCUGUAUCUUUCUAUCUUCACCACAAGGUUAGCAUGAGAGGAUUCAUCAUAUGUUCUGCAAAUCUAGAUAAACUAUAUAGUAUUUCAUUCAUCCAGCAGUUUAGUAUAUUCCUGAAAACAGGUAAGCAAAGCUACCUUACUAGCAUAUUUAGCAUGACCUAUUCUUGGUGGAAUCAUAAUAACUUAGUGAUCAUUUCCUCUUUUCUGGAUUAUGUGAUAAAAUUUUGUCAGGAAUUGGGUUAGUUCACCAGCUUAUACCUUGCAGAUCUCCCUCCUUUUCUUUCCUUCUGGAAAAUGGGGACAAAUCUGCUCUUUGUGAUCUUUCAGAAAUAACUAAAAAUGGCCCAGUAAUCACAUCUUCUGUCUCUUUCAAUACCCUAGGACCUAGGUUAUCUAGACCUGGUGACUUGAACUCAAGAAGAAUAACUGGGUGUUCUCACUCUCUCCCUAUUUUGGAUUUUAACUUUCUGUUAACCAUUUUUUGAUUCAUCUAUUCUUGUACAAGGAUUGUUUUUGGCCAAGAAAACCAACAAAAUAAGAAUUAAAUCUGCCUUCUCUUUAUCAUCUCCAUAGAUUUGUUGUUGUGGUCCUGUCCCUUUGGUCCUUCCCCUCUUCUCAUCAUAGUAAACAAAUGCAAAACUUUUUUUUCUUUUGUCCUUAGUAUGCAUCAACAAAUUAAGCUUAUUCUGAACUUUAGGAUUCUUAACACUGUUCUUAUAAGAAUGUUAGUAUCCUUUUUCUGCUUUUGGUUCCACCUUCUAUACAUAUCCUUUCCAAAAAUUAAUUUGUUGAUGUGUAUCCACAUCAUUCUCUUUAAACCAGUUCCCCUUUUCUUCCUCACUGGAAUUGUUGAUGUCUUUAGGAUCUAAUACUUGGGAACUGACUUCCUCUCUAGAAUUUUAGACCAUGAGAUCCCACCUAACCUUUCUAUUCUUUGGAGAGUUUAUGCCUUAAUUUCCCCUUCUGUUAUCACAAAUUCUGAAAUAGAGUAGUCAUUUCUCCAUAAGGUUCCUACUUCAGCAACCUUCAGCUUCCUUUAUUGCCCAGGAGCAGAUCCAUUCCAAGAGUUGUCUUAAUUGUUCAACCUUUUGGAAGAACGAAAUCACAUAUUCAUUGUUAUUAAGCCUUUUUGAGCUAGCCAUGCUUCAGAGUACAAAUAGGGAGCAAAAAACUAGCAGGCAGACACUUCCCUGUCAAUAAAUCACAAGUUUCAUCAUAGGUUAUGGAAAAAGUCAUCAAGAGCAUGUAGAGCUGUUGAUGGUUGCCCUUUAACUGGGCAUGGAAAAUGACAUAAAUGGACUGUUCCGUCCAAUCUUCAUAGUACACAUUUGCCAAGAUGUACAAAACUGCAGCAUGGAAACCGUACACACAGCAUGAAAAUCUUAACUGGAGAAACAACUGAAAGCUAUCACUGAAUUCUACAAGACUUCACAUUGUCCAAGAAUUCACUGAACACAACCAACAAGUUGGAAACUAAAAUUGCAAAAGAUAGCAGGGUUUUAUAAGAAGCUGAAAGUCAGGCACCAAAUAAAUUGAAUCUCUAUAGAGCUGCUUUUUCUAACAUCUGUUGUGGCUCUGUAACCUGGACCAGUUGCUCGAGCUGGGUUAUUAGUGACAUCUGUGGGCAAUCUUGUUCUGAACCUGAGUUUAACAGGACCAGAUCAUCAUUAACCAAGUCCAUGAAUGUCUGCAUUAUAUUAGUAAAAAGUAAUGCUUAACACAGCUGAUCUGGACAUCGAAAAACAGGAUACCUAGGUGGCAGUUUCACAGAAUACCUGAAGUCAAGGAUUCAGGAAAAGGGGAAAGAAGAGAUACUUUAAGAAUCCACUGAAGUAGAGCCUCCUGAAGUGUGGCGUAACUGUGGAUAGAUGGGCAACAAUUCACAGACCAAACUGAUAAUCCAGAAGGUUUGGAGUUGUUUUUCCUUUUGUUUUUUUUUGAGCAAAGACUUUGGAUCAUCCUGUAUUCUAGGAGGCCACAGCAAAAACAGUAACAAGUUGUUCAGAAAUUUCAGCUGGACAGUGUAGGAAGGACUUUAUAAUUCUCACGUUGGUCUUUUCAGCUACAUAACUAUACCUUCAUCUUCAAAAAUUAAGUAUUAUUAUAAUGGAGCCCAGUUAAUUUCCAUUUUGUUGAGACUUCUCACUAAUUUGGAUUUGUCCCACUGGCUCAGCAUUGGCCCAAGAUAUGACAAAACUCAUUAAGUGGAAGAAGAGCCACAUGGAGAGAUGCUUUUUCUAAAGGUAUUGCUGACCUUAGCCACUGACUAAAACAAUGACUUGGGAUAUCAGUUUAUCAAAUAUGACAUAAUGUAAUGGUGUUGUAAAAGGUAGGGCUUCCUUUCAGCACCAGUGUAAUUCCGGAGUAACCAUCUAGUCAUUUUAUCCCUUUAAAGCACCAUAUAGUUAAAUGCUCAAUAAGGUUGUCUAUGAGUUGACCCUGUGAAAUUCUUUGAAGGGUUUUGUUUUAUGUUUUGUUUCAGUUCUACUAGGAAGAAGGAAAAGAAAAUCUUCAAUUUGCUAGUAAUUUGAAGUUGUGUUUUGCUUCCAGUCAGGCAGAAAGCUAGAAUCCAGGAAAUAAAUAUGCAAAACAUCUAGAUGUGUAGUGUACUUAUAUAUUUUGAUAAAUGAAUUAAGGGAACCUGCUAGGUGAAUAUAUACAGAGAGAGAGAAAUUUGAGAUGGGUGUUGAAGUUGAUACUUUAUCUUAUAUAAGAUAAUUCCUUCCGGAGAGAGAAACCCUUUAAAUGUGAAAAAUGUGGCAAGCAUCUGAGCCCUUGGACUGCUGCUAACCCUAUACAGUCUUUAUUAGUUUUUUAAGUUUGCACCUCUUUUUACUGGAAAAUGAGUUCAUCCAAAAGUAAUUGCAGUCAACAAUAAGCCACCUUUAGAAAUCUCACAGCAGAUGUCUGAGAAAAGGCUGCUUCUAGACCACGUAUAUUGCAGUCCUUUCUUCCUUUGAUACCAUAGAUUUAACUAGAUUGAACAAGGCUUUAGAGAAAAAGGUUAGGUUGUAGCAAGUGGUGCUACAAAGGUGAAACAUAACAGAUUUGAGACAACUGAUCUAAACAUUUACUUCAUUUGACACCAGGAAAUGGCAGGUUGCUUUCAAAAAGUGGCUUAAUGAAUUUAGAAACCUUGUAGGGGGAGCUCAAACUUAACUCCAAAGGAUCAA